UUAGUCUUUCUGUGAGCUCUAACACCGCUCAGAGUAUUGCUUCCGGUAGUAGUGGUAGUAGUGGUGGUGGUGUCAGCCGAAUGUGGGCGAGCAAACAUUCGGAUGAACCUAGGACAGAGUCGUGCAGCAGUGGCCACCGUGCCCCGCGUCACCCAAAGCUGUUUAUGGAUGUAGGAUCGCUAACAGUGUGGUUGGCGGAGGAGCACGCUGAAUUCAGAUCACACAUGCUCCAUAAUCCUUCUGUGUGGACCUUCGGUCGUCUUUUGGGCUUCUUAGGGAAGCGGCGCUUCAUGGAGCAGCUGUGGGACUUUUGUCUCUCUAGUUACUGCGUGGUGCCCAGGUGCGUCCUCACCGCUGCUGCUGAAAACAGGGUUCCUGAACACCACCGUGAGGGGUGGGAGCGCCUCUGCCGGCAGUACACCGCCCCUGUGGCGGUGAUGGGACCGCUGACAAGCACCGUGUCGGACCUUUCUGCAUUUGGAGGGGAUGCAUGUACACGUUUUUUUGGUGCAGGGGCACCGCACGACGGCCCUCGGAAUCCGCUAUUCUUCCGAAAGGGUGGGUCGCCGGCGGCAUCGGUGCUUUCGAUCAAUUCCCUCACCCAUGAACCAGACGAAGUGCACUCGUGGACGGGAGGCCAGAGCGUGGGCGGCGGGGCGACAACAACACACAGCAACCUGGAGGUCUGUACCAGUGGCACUUUCUCUCGUCCCGGUGAGCGCUGCGUUAUUAUGAAGGCGCGGCGCCCCAUCAACGCAGGAGAUGAACUGCGCUACGAAGCCACCCCCUUGCCGUAA